AUGCCACGUGAUGAACGUUUGAAAUGUGUCGCUUGUGAUAAAAAUAUGGUUUCGAAUCGAAAACAAGUAGCAGGAAGUGGAUUGUGGAAGUUGUUCUUAUCGGCUCGUUCCUUAAAACGAGUUGAAAAGGAUGCUGCUGGUUGUGUUGAUUGCCGAAUGAAGUAUUUAAAUUGGUUGAAGAAGGUGAAUGGAGACUUCGAUCAGUUCGAUACUCGAUCAGAGGCUUGUUUUAGUAAUGAAUCAUCUAAUGUAACAGAUAAUAGUUAUGAAAAUGAGGACGAUAUGUUUUUUGACCGUCCAGCAGAUUGUAUAAAUCCAACAAUUAAGAUCUCUGUCGAAUAUUCUCAUGCAUCUCAUAAAUAUUGUGUAGUGUGCGGAUUGCGUGAAAUUCCUUUAAAGGUUUUAUCAAAAGAUAAUCGGUCAUUGGUAUUUCUGAAGCGUGGAAUUUUGAUUCCUAAUGGUGCUCGAUGUUGUUCGGAUCAUUUGGACAAUAAACAACUUAUCUUCGAUGCGAUUGAGAAAAUUCCUGCUAAUGGAGUACGUGAAUUAGAGUGUGAUGCAAAUUACAUCGUAGAAUUAUUAAAUGAUUUUCGUUUACUAAUUAACAACAAAAAGACGUUUGAUUUCGACGAUAUGAGUUCAUUAAAUGAUCAGGACUAUUAUAAUAUAACUGGUCUUCGAAAAGAUCAAUUUGACAAUAUUGUCGCGACUCUUAAAUCGUUGCGACAGUCUGAAAAUCGUUCAGUUCGUGUUGCUAUCGCUAUCUUUUGUGCGAAAAUGCGUUUGGGGCUAGCUAAUAGUGUUUUAGCAACGCUGUUUCGGAUGCAAGAUAAGCGAGUAAUCACUCGAAUAAUUCAUCAAGUGACGAGAGCCUUUCUGAGCGAUUUUGUACCAAAUCAUCUUGGAUUUGGUCAUAUAAGUCGUCAAUGCGUUUUGAAAUAUCAUCAAACCGUAAUGGCUGAUGUUCUUUUGACAGAUUCGAAUCGACAAAUCGUCGUAGUUAUCGAUGGUACGUAUUUAUAUGUCCAAAAGUCCAUGAAUAAUGAAUUACAACGACGUACCUAUUCUCUCCACAAGCAUCGUCAUUUGGUCAAGCCAAUGGUGAUUACCACUACGGAUGGUUACAUUUUAAGUGUAUUUGGUCCUUAUUUCAGCGAUCAUUACAAUAAUGAUGCUAAUAUUAUAGAACAUUGCUUUCGCAACAAUCCUCAAGAUAUGUUAGAUUGGUUAAAAGAGGAUGACGUAGUUUUAGUUGAUCGCGGUUUCCGCAAUGCAAUUCCGACUAUGGAAAAUUUGGGAUUUCGUGUCGCGAUGCUGGGUUUUCUGAAUGGGAGAAAACAAUUUUCGACAGAAGAGGCAAAUCAAUCACGUUUGGUCACGGCUAAUCGUUGGGUAAUAGAAUCAGGAGCCUAUCAAGUUCGUAUGGCUAGAUCUUAUGUGCAAGAUCACUUAACACCUUCCGUUUUCAACGACGAAGAGCUCGAGUUUGUUGUGGAAAUGUGUAGUACUAUCGACGAUUUAGUCCGCGUACGUUUUCGCUCACGCCAUUCGAAUAACAAGAAUUAUAUAGCUACGAUUCAAUUUGAUUCAAUGAAUGAAGAGCCAAUCACUGGUUAUUAUUGUACUUGCAUAUCUGGUGCUCGAGAAAUAGGAUGCUGUGCCCAUGUGUGUGCUGUUCUAUGGCACCUAGGUGUUCAAAGAGGUCAGGUGCUUUCCAACACCCAUCCUCUAUCUGCCAUCAAUCUAUUGAACUCUAUCAAUGAUAGCAUUCAAUACUCUGAAUCCGAUGAAGAUACCGACGAUGAUGAUGAGAAUGAGAUCGAUCGAGAAAAUACAUCAAUUGAUAGUGAAACCGAUCUUGAAUACCAAACCGAUGAUCCAGACGAAUGCUCCGAUUCAAAUUCCGAUGAUCAGUAG